UAUUCGUUAGCGUAAUCUCUGAGUCGGAGUAAUUUGUAGUAAUAAUAAAAAUGCGACUUCUUUUCCGUGGCCUCAAACCGGUAGUCGGAUGUGCUCAAUUGUCAAUUUGCCGUUCCCUGAAUACGCGUCCGUCACCGAUGGAGAAGCAGCUACAGAUUGCCGGGCAUAAAAUCAACUUUGUCGAAGCCGGUUCCGGCGACAAGGGUGUAAUCCUAUUGCCGGGAGCGCUCGGCACUGCGUGGACGGAUUUCAAGCCCCAGAUCGAACAUUUACCAACAUUGCUGCCCAACCAUAAGAUAAUCGCCUGGGAUCCGCCCGGCUAUGGUAAGUCGCGUCCGCCAGACAAGGACUUCGGAGUGGAUUUCUACGAGAAGGACGCAGAAGCAGCUGCCAGCUUGAUGGAAAAGAUUGGUUUUCGGUCGUUCUCCGUCGUCGGGUGGAGCGACGGUGGGAUUACGGGUUUGAUUAUGGCCGGACGGAAGCCCUCGCUGGUGGAUAAACUGGUCAUAUGGGGAUCGAAUGCCUACAUUACCCCGAAGGAGGCGGGCAUGUUUGAAAAUAUCAGAGAUGUUAGCAAAUGGUCCGCAAGGAUGCGAGAACCAAUGGAGAAGGUCUACGGUACGGAAGGCUUUCCAAAGAUUUGGUCCGCUUGGGUGGAUGGAAUGAUCAACAUGUACAAACAACGCAAUGGGGACAUUUGCAGGGAAGUCCUGGACAAGAUCCGAGCUCCAACUUUCAUUCUUCAUGGAGCCAAGGACCCGAUGAUAGUGCCCGAGCAUGUGCCUUAUCUGCAGAAUUCUAUCGCCGAUACCGAUCUUCACGUAUUUGUCGAUGGUAAGCAUAACAUUCAUUUGAAAUAUGCAGAAGAAUUUAAUAAGCUUGUAAGUGACUUUAUCAAAAAGUGAUUCAAAGUGAAAGUGCCAUUUCAUGUAAACUUUAAAGUUAU